AUGUCUUCCCCGUUGGAAGUUCAAAUUGGAAAUGGAAAUGGAAAUGGAGUCAUCACGAGAUCGAAUAAGAAGAACGCGGCGUUUAAACCUCCCAUAAACGCACCACCACUCGUCGUAUUCGGUCCGAUGGUGAAAGACAUCGUGCAAUCCGUGCUCGUCUCGCUGGUCUCGAGACAGAUUUUGAAUACUCUGCGUGCUGAUGAUGGUGAUGGUGCAAAGGAGAAUAAAAAAGGAGGAGUUUUUGGACGAAAGGUCAACGCAAAGCGCAACGAUGGGAAAAGGAGGCAAAGAUAUGAAGAAGAGAAUUUCCGAUUGGUGUGCGUGACGGGGACGUAUCAAGAAGGGUACAAAAAUCGCGAGAUGUUGAAUAGUGAGGAUGGUAGGGAGGCGGUUUUUGUCGGGUACGCGUUGGUGAGAGGGUGCGGGUUGCACUUUGACGUGAAAGCGGACGACGACGAGGAUGUUGACGAAGAUGAUACUUUAUUAAAACAGAAGAAAGAAGAAGAUGAUGAUGAUGUGUACGAUGAAAAUGAUAUCGCCCCAGUGGUUGUUUUAACGAACGAUGAGAGAGAUGCGGUCGUGUACAGCGUGUACGCGGUGCCGUGCGAUGCUCUAAUUACAAACUUGUUCGAUUCUGGUCUCAACGCUCGAUUGAUGGGCGUGUCUUCGGAUACCGCGGCGAUCGAUUUAGCCGCGGUGGAAACGAGUACGUCUGUUCGAGUUGCGGCGCAAGCGAACGAAGGGUUUGGUUUUGCGUUGACGAUGUUAUCGUUUGCUCGUCCGAAGAAGAGUUCGGUGUGUGCGAGACCUUUGUACGAGAAGAGAGACGGCACGAGAGUGUACGCUUUCAACGACGAACAGUUGGAAAAUUGCGGUAUUACGAGCGGGAGUUCGUUGGCAAAGAUUCGCGCGAUAUGCGCUAAAAGUAGCGGCGGAAAGAAAGAGAGUAAUAGUACUACGGUUGAAGAAGUUGUGACUGACGUUGAGAAUAAAACGGACGAAAAUAAUAACGAAGCAUCUUCGUGGCCGAUGAACUUGUUGCGCUCGACUGGCUUGUUCGAAACCGAAGGCGACGCCGAAGAAAAGAUGAAAGAAGAAGAAGACGAGCUUCUAGUCAAAGAUAAGAAAGCACCUCUGGGUGAGUCGUCUAAUAUAUCGCAAAACAACAACGAAAACGUCGGGGGUUUCUUUGCGUCGUUUCUUUCGCCGGUGAACAUUUCCGCGAAUAAGAAGUCCUCGGCGGCUGGUGAAGAAGAAGAAAACCACAAAUCUUCCUCGGCGACGACGCAACAGACGCCGGGCGCUUUGGGCGACCAGGUUUUAUACCCAGCCACGGUCGCCUCGCCGUGGCCAGAUGAAUCGAGAGACGCCGACGAAGACUACGUUCCAGAUUACGAAGCCGAAGAUUUCGAUUACGACGACGAGCCUUUAUCCGGCGGCUCUUCCUUGAUGGUCACGCCGACGAAGGAAGCGACGGGCGGUAAUCGACGCAACGGAAGCUUUUACGAAUCCGCGACGACGACGCCGAAUGCCGAGAAAGUUCGAGACGAACCGCGACCGUUUGGUUCCGUGAAUGCCGUUGCCGCGACGACAUCUGUCGCCUCUACGUCCUCUCCAACUGAGGAAAAAGAAGCGCAUUCGUCCGAGUACGUCUAUUCGGUCGACUCCGAAUCCGACGCGGUGUCCUCCGCGGACAAAAAAUCCGUCGCGCGAGCCUUCAAAGCGUCUUCAAACUCGAAUUGGGGCGAAAACAACAAGAUUGAAAAAGCAAUGAAAGAAUACAAAAUGCUCGGAGGCGUCGACGUCGCUCGAUUAUACACGCGCACUCGUGAAAGAAAAUCCGCCCAAAAAUCGAUUGGUUUAGUAAACAAGUCGACGCGUCUGGUCGAUUUCGCCAGUUGUCAAAGGGCGGUAAAAUACGCGGAAACGUUCCAUACCAAAGACGACGGUUCAGACGGUGGCGUCUUGCCCAGAUCGAGGGCCGUGUGGUUCGAUGGCCGCCGAUGUAGGAUGUAA